UGCUAAUUUGAGUGAGAUGGAUCGAAAACUCGAAUCCAAAAGUAAAGUUUGUGUCACCGGGGCUUCUGGUUUUCUGGCAUCCUGGCUCAUUAAGCGGCUUCUCUUGUCCGGUUAUCAUGUAACAGGGACUGUAAGAGAUCCAGGAAACGAGAAGAAAUUGGCGCAUUUGUGGAAGCUAGAAGGAGCUAAGGAAAGACUCAGAUUGGUGAAGGCAGAUUUGAUGGAAGAAGGCAGCUUUGAUGACGCAAUCUUGGGGUGCCAUGGUGUUUUCCACUCUGCUUCCCCUGUUUUGAAACCUUCAUCUGAUCCCAAGACAGAAAUACUGGAACCGGCUGUUGAGGGCACCCUGAACGUGUUACGUUCGUGUAAGAAGAAUCCGUCUCUAAGGCGCGUGGUCCUCACCUCAUCUUCUUCAGCUGUAAGGGUGAGACCAGAUGGGGAUUUCUCCUCCAAUGUACCGCUUGAUGAGUUGUCUUGGAGCUCUGUCGAACUCUGCGAGACGCUUCAGAUAUGGUACCCUUUGUCGAAAAUUUUAGCUGAGAAAGCAGCAUGGGAUUUCUGCAAAGAAAAUGGGAUUGAUUUGGUAACCAUCCUACCCUCUUUCGUGAUCGGGCCUAGUUUGCCCCCUGAUUUGUGUUCUACUGCAUCAGAUGUUCUUGGCCUGCUUAAAGGAGAAACAGAGAAAUUCAAAUGGCAUGGAAGGAUGGGAUAUGUUCACAUUGAUGAUGUUGCACUCUGUCACAUCUUAGUAUAUGAGCAUGAAAGUGCUCAUGGUCGAUAUCUUUGCAGCUCAACAGUUUUGGACAACAACGAGUUGGCUUCCUUAUUAUCUGCAAGAUAUCCAUCCUUACCUAUCCCCGCAAGGUUUGAGCAACUAGGGAGGCCACAUUAUGAGAUGAACACCUCAAAGAUGGAGAGUCUAGGGUUCAAGUUUAAGAGUAUCCAAGAGAUGUUUGAUGAUUGCAUUGCUUCUUUGGUGGAACAAGGCCAUCUUCCUGCACUCUAGUUAAUUUAUGCUCUGUGAUUUUCUUGCCAUACUGGCAGUGGCUGAAUAAAGUAACUAAUAACUUUACUUUAGCCUGUACUACUACUUAAUCAAUGGUUUGGACUUUGGAUUCACAAUAUAA